AAUGACACUGUCAUUGCACUUCCUGAUCUCCCUGGUGUAAAUCAGAAGAGCUUCCUUAAUUUGGUCCGUAGCUCAGUGUACGCCUAACCUGCGACUAUGUCUUUUCUGGACACUUUGCGCCAAUGGGACAAGGCAGUAACUUGUGUUGAAAGACAGGAUUUGUCAGAAGCACUCAGGAUUUUCCUGUCUAUCAAAGAACCAAACUCCAAAAUUUGUUUUGACAUUGGCUGUCUCCAUCUUCUUAACCAAUCCCUGGAUGCUGCUGAAAAGGCAUUUGAUUGCAGCAUAGGCAAGGACGAGCACUUGGCUGUUGCCUUCUUUCAAAGAGGAAUCACGUUUUACAGAAAGAAGAGGCAAGACACACCAGUCAUCUCAAUAAAGUAUGAGGAGAGUUUAGCGGAUUUCCAGCAUGCCUUCAAAAGACUAAGAGGCAACCAGCUGAUAGAUUACAAAGCACUUGGUCUCACAUACAAGUUAUAUGCAUGUGAGGUUCUCCACAAUAUGGCCCUGGCUGAGGCUCAGCUGGGUAACUGGGAAAAGGCCCAGGAAAACCUUGUGAAGGCUCUCGACUACAAGACAGACGCCAAGCUCAAUAUAAUUGACAGAGCUCUGCAAUCCACCCUGAAACAGAAAAUUUUCAAACCAGUUGAGUUCCCAUCAAAAGUGCUAUUCAAACCAAAUAAGCACUAUGUUGCUGAGCUGGAGAAGAAGGACUACCUGGGCAAAGCGAAGGUUGUUGCCUCUGUCGUCCCUCAGGAUGACUUCUCUGGAUUUGCCCCAUUACAGCCACAGGUCGAAGAUGGUCCAACUCGUCCAAAAGAACCUGAGGUUCUAAGGGCUUUAGAAGGAGAACCCCACACUGUCCUGUUUGAGUUUGUUCCUGAGACCAGUGAUGAGUUGGCUGUAGUGCCGGGCAAUAUUGUGUUUGUACUGCAGAAGGGUGCUGACAACUGGGCAUCUGUGAUCUUCAAUGAAAGAAGGGGACUUGUUCCUUACAAUUACCUGGAACGUUUGGAGAUCUCCUUGGCUUCUAAACAGAAUGAGGGGAUAACUGAGCCCCCAACUCGAGCACCACCGACCAGACCUGAAAGGAAACAAGGUCUUACUCCUAGUGACAGCAGUGGACACAUACAACGAAAGGAUGCACAGCCUACCGACAAUUCAUGUAUCGUCAAAGUCCGUUUCACAUUCAACUUUGCUGUCUCAGUACCACCUGGGUCUCCCUAUGCGAUACUGAUUGAGAAAAUCAGUAAGAAACUGAAUCUGCCUUCUACUGCAAUUACCUUGAGUAUAACCUCCGAGGCAACUGGACAAAGUGUAAUCAGUGCCGACACAGAAAUGGAAAGUGUGUGGAGUUGUGCCAGUGGUGGGCGCAUCACCUUGUGGUGUAACACCAAAGAGCAAAUUGAUGGAAAGCCAAAGAACGAGAUUCACUUGGUGGCACUUCAUUCCUAUGAGUCGUCAAACCCAGAGGAUCUCAAUUUUCACGAAGGCGAUACAAUCACACUCCUCUCUAAAGUCAACCAGGAUUGGUUGGAGGGGCAAUGUAAUGGGAAUACUGGUAUAUUUCCUGCAUCCUUUGUGGAAGAAGUUCCUGUCAAUAAACAGUAAACAAAUAAAUGUAAAUGUAAAAGAAAACAUAAUAAAGCCAGUAAUACAGUUAAGUGGCCAAAGCUGAAAAGUGGUCAGGUACCAAUGAACUAAAUUGUAUAUUUUUUAUUAAUAUUACUUUUAAACAUCAUUAAAAUAUCAAUGGUCACAAUACCUUUGGACGAGUGCUAAAAGUUGUAAUGUUUGGACCAAAUCAGUUUUUAUUUUCGCAUUACUUAAUGAAUCACAGAAUGUAACCUAUGAUCACAGAAUGUAACCUAUGAUUUGGUCCUAUGAUUAAAUACUCUGUUGGAUUACUGGUAAAUUAUCAUGAAGACGUUCCUUCCUCUUCAUAGGCAAUAGCUAUGCCUCUCCUGCCCUUCACUGCCUUCACCACAGGUGUCUCUCCCAACUUCUGCUCUAAGCCACGCCAGCUUCGUUCCGCCAGGAAAGAUGCUGAAAAGAGAAAGCAUAACUGUGUAAUGUAAUACAAGACAUUUAUAAGUGUAUUUGUGCAAGACUGUAACAAAUGAAGUGGGUUUUUUUUUUGUUGUUUUGAGAAAUGCUCACAUGCACAAGGUGCAACAAUUACUGUAUGUGUGCAAAAUUCUGCAAUAAACUUAUUGAUGUAUGGAAA